CGGACGUGCAAAAAUUUCAGAGCGAAAAAACUGAAAAUUGACAAUGAAACGACGACUUUCAUCUGAGGAUUCCUGUACUGAAGGGAACAUAAUGGUAAAGAAACGAAAAACCAGUCGAGGAAAGAAAGGCGGGAGGAAACAUAGUUCUCGUUCGUCCUCUGUCUCCUCAAAAGUUCCCCGAACUCAGUCAUGUGUGUCUGAUACUAACACCUCUUGCCACAACAGUGAAACUGCAGGCAAACUAUCAGUUGCUGAGGAAUACGCAUUAAUUUCUCAGGAGAUAUAUGAUUCAGAAACUGUUUGUGAAGUUUCUCAGACUGAACUCUGUGCUGCAAACUCUUUUGACAACAAUGAGGUUGCGGGCAGUUCAAAUGUUGCAGAGGAGCCGCAACAAGGCUUUCAAUCAGUUGAUGUUGCAAUCAGUGAAAACAAUGAUGCAUGCAUUCUCUCAAAAACAGACAUUCUUGGAUUGUUGCAAGGAUUGAGCAACACGUACAAUCUAGCAGAGGUGCCUCCGCAGGAACAACCUUUUCAUGUGGUGUCAGACGGUUCCUCCAUGUACUUGGUAGGCUCUCAGAAUCAGGUGUACAUGUCACUGGUACCAGCAGCUGGAAGUACUGCUACAACAGACUCUCAAAUGGUGUGCACUGUUCACGACAACCCUGACCAUUCUGAGCAGAACAAAGACAACAUCAACUAUUCGUAUUAUGCGACUAUGGAUGUUGAUCGGAGAGAGGCUCAUCUACUGAAAUAUCCCUCUCAUCUGUUGGAAUGGUCUGAGCGUGUGAAAUUCAGACACGAGCGGAAGUGGAAAAUGCUAGACUUCCAUGAGCCACACUACAGUGAGUGGGAUUUUGUGUGAGCAGCACGCACCUUUACCAUGACGGGACAGUUAUUGUGUGUUGUGGUUCUAUAAAUUUUGAUCAAUCUGUGACGAUCCAUAUCAUCCUGUCAUUUGUCUUUCAGGACAUUUUUAACUUUUUGUACAUGAAAAACUUUUUAAUUUUCUUAUUCAUUAUUUUUUCAUAUUUGAUUGAUUUAUUAAUUGGUUUGCAUUUUUUUCCACAUCAAAAUUAUGUUUGCAAUGAAACAUUUCUGGCAGACAGAAUAUUUAGUAAGCACUGUGUGCUAUCGUAUGAAACAUUUUGAUGAAUUAUG